AGAAACUACAAUUCAAAACCAGUACGUCAACCAUACCAAACAACCAUGGCCGCCGAUAAAAAGCUCGUUGACGAGGUCUCCGGUUGGCUAAGACUCUACGAUGAUGGCUCAGUCGACCGGACAUGGACUGGUCCACCCGAGGUCAAGUUCAUGGCCGACUCUGUCCCUCCCCAUCAACAAUUCAUUAACGGAGUAGCCACCAGGGACGUUGUAGUCGACGCCGCUUCUGGUCUCAAAGUAAGAAUUUAUCUGCCUGAGAAUACACGCGGACAAAACCACAAGCUUCCCGUCCUGCUCCAUUUUCAUGGCGGUGGCUUCUGCAUUAGCCAACCCGAUUGGUACAUGUACUACCACAUAUACACUCGGCUUGCCAACUCGGCUCAAGCCAUUGUUGUCUCCGUCUAUCUCCGCCUAGCGCCAGAAGACCGGCUCCCUGCGGCCAUCGACGACGGCUACGCGGCUCUCCUCUGGCUCCGCUCGCUGGCUCGAGGUGAGUCACGCGAGGCGUGGCUCGACUACCGCGCAGAUUUCAACCGGGUUUUUCUCAUCGGCGACAGCUCCGGAGGAAACCUGGUCCAUGCAGUCGCCGCACGUGCGGGACAAGUGGAAUUAGCGCCGUUAAGGUUGGCGGGUGGUAUUCCGAUCCAUCCCGGUUUUGUCCGGUCGAGACGGAGCAAAUCGGAGUUGGAGGAAAAGCAGUCACCUUUGCUAACUCUAGACAUGGUGGAUAAGUUUUUGGCGCUGGCUCUGCCGGUGGGGUCGACCAAAGAUCAUCCGAUCACGUGUCCGAUGGGAUCGGACGGCGGAAGUGAGGAGCUGGAGGGACUGAAACUGCCGCCUCUGCUGCUGUGCGUAGCGGAGAACGAUUUGAUAAGAGACACAGAGAUGGAAUACUACGAGGCGAUGAACAAGGCAAAGAAAGAGGUGGAGCUGGUGAUUAAUGGCGGAAUGGGUCACAGCUUUUAUCUCAAUAAGAUCGCCGUGGAUUUGGAUCCGGAUACCGGCGCUCAGACCACCAAGCUUGUUAAUGCAGUUGUGGAUUUCAUCAACCGCCAUUGAAAGCGCUUUUUAUUUUUAACGUGGAGUUGAAAUAUGGAAAGGAGAAAUAUAUCGUGUA